AGGACCAAAAAGUUGUCUCACUGGUGCUGAAAGGAAAGGUCCUCAGGGUCCAAGUAUAAAGUGUCCUGAUGCCGUCAAGAGACCAUCUCAUCCCUCGUCACAAUCAAAUAGCAAACCUUUACUGUCUUAACUAAACAUAAAGACGCAGCGUCAGUGUCAAGAUGGCCUCUCACACUUCGAGUUGGUCGAGCGUCGUGGUCAUUCCUUCAACAUCGGCUGCGAAUGCACGAGAUCGACAUUCUGGUGACAAUGACUCCUCAACUAGCCCGUUCUCAUAUGAAGAAUUUUCAGCAAUUUUAGAUGAGCGGCGAGAUGAGCGGCCAUGGACACAACAUAUCGAGUGUACGACGGGACAAAGCACUCUCGAUGAUCAAAGCCCAGACGAUAACCAGCUGGAUGAAAUGCUGGCAGCACAACACACCAGACGGGCGACAAGUCAAGGCGACUCCGAUGAAAUGUACUCUAGUGAUAGAGAUGUCAAUAAGAGCGACGCCAGUGAGAGCGACCCAGAUGCGAGCGACGGCGGCGAGAACACCCUCAGUGAAGAUAAACCCAGUGAAAAUGACUCCAACGAUACCUCGAGCAGACAAGUGCCACCUCCGUCUCCUCUGUUUCUCAGACCAGGAGAUCCACGUCUGUUUCGGGAAAGCCCCAGAUUGCAUGAAAUUGGCAAGUUGCAAACCCCUAGCUAUCCCUGGCCUCAAUCCGAAAGUCUGCAGCAUCGGAAAUCCUUGAGCACCAAGAUAUACGAGAUGAUUGACGGCUUGCGAGCGGCCCAGCUAGCAAUCACCAUAGCUCUUGAGAAGGUGAAUAUCCCAGCUGUACGCCACAUCGAGAAAUCAUGGAAGGGAGUCUUAGAGGUGAUGUCGGACGUCGCCCUCAAUUUGCGUGGGCUGGACUAUCAUGUUUGUAGUGGCAAUAUCCCUCAUCACGCGAGCUUCUUCUGGAUGGACUCAUGGGCUGUGUUGGACUCUGUUGAGGAUUGCAAUAGACGCUUGUGGCAUCUGUUGGACACCAUCGAGGAGAAUGUUGCCAAGUGUGCGGACUACAAUCAGCAGAUCUUAGGCAUGCGGUUGAGCCUGUUCGCGCAGAGGCUGGAGUCAGUGGGGGUGGACUACCUCGAUAUAGAUAGGUACGUGUUCGAGCUGAUAGGUUGUGCAGGGGACAUCGAAAGAAGCAGAGUCGCGCCGUUCAUGGCGCCGCAGGGUCCUCGGAACUGCAGGGUUUGGGGAGAUCGUUGCAUUUACCACAGGCAUGGGCACUGAUGGAGAGGCAGUGAGCAUGCUGGAAUGACUGUCCAUUUUUCGCAUCUGUGAAGCAGAGAGAUGUCAGCAGUGACGAAUUUAUUCCUUCCUCUGCAUAUGAAUGCCCAGUAGGAGCCUGUCUUCAGGAGGUUCGACCAGAUUGAGUAGCCCGAAACAACAUGUGCAUCGCUGUGAGCCACGCAAGGAUCUCAGAAUGAAGUGUUCCAGUGCUUGUCCGUCGCUACAUCAUGAUCAUGGCAGCAGACGCUGCUGUUUGACAUUCGAAGGCGACCAAGCU